AAUUGUUAAUGAGUUUUUGUUGUUAAUGAUUGUUGUACUAUGGUACGCAAUUCUGCUGUGAACUGUUGCCAAUGAGAUUUCCAUUCAAAAUAAAAUGUUUUGAGGGUUUGCUCAUAUGCUUUGAUUUUGCAUAGAUAAUAUCUUAGUGUCAUACUAUUUAUUGUGAUACUAGUAAUGAAUUGGGAUAGUUCUGCUCGUAUUCGAAUUCUGAUGUUCUUACUUCUUAACUGAACUUUCAAGAUACUUGCUUCGUAGGGAGGUCGUGAUUUGUACUCCCAAGUCAGUUCAAACUUGAAAACAAUGAUGGCUCAUACUGAUUUCGUUUGUUGGCAGGAUAAGUUGCAUAUUUGAAACAAUGCUGGCCGUUUCCAGAUUUGGUUGUUAGUUGGGAUCUGCUGCAAGCUGCGGAAUGGGCUCAACAAAUGGUUUAGCCAGUGCACAUGCAAAGCAACCUCUAUUUUCUUUCGGGGUGAUCUCCGAUGUCCAGUAUGCUGAUAUUCCUGAUGGAAGAUCUUUCCUUGGUGUUCCACGGUACUAUCGCCAUAGCAUUGUCAUACUGAAAAGAGCAGUCCAAAAAUGGAAUGAUCAGAAGAAGCAUAAGUUUGUGAUCAACUUUGGUGAUAUUGUUGAUGGCUUUUGCCCAAAGGACCAGUCCCAGGACGCUGUAACAAAAGUUGUCGAGGAAUUUGAGAAUUUCAAUGGCCCUGUCUAUCAUAUGAUUGGUAAUCACUGCCUCUACAAUCUUCCUCGCAAGCAGUUAUUACCACUGUUGAAGAUUCCAAGUAUCGAUGGUCGUGCCUACUAUGAUUUUUCACCAGCCCCAGAAUUCCGAUUUGUUGUGUUGGAUGGCUAUGAUAUCAGUGCCAUUGGUUGGCCUCAAGAUCAUCCUAGUGCAGCUGAGGCUUUAGGGUUUCUACAGGAGAAAAACCCAAAUACAGAUAAGAACAGCCCUGUUGGACUGGAAGGCCUUGACAGAAGGUUCCUUAUGUUCAAUGGAGCAGUUGGGAAAGAACAAUUGGAUUGGUUAGACAACAUUCUUCAGGAAGCAACAAAGUUGAAACAAAAAGUAGUGGUCUGUUGUCAUCUGCCUUUAGACCCUGGGGCAUCCUCCAAAGAAGCACUUUUGUGGAACUACGAUGAAGUCAUGUGUGUUAUACACAGAUACAACUGUGUGAAGGUUUGCCUUGCUGGGCAUGACCAUAAAGGCGGUCACUCAAUUGAUUCUCAUGGAGUGCAUCACAGAACACUUGAAGCCGCCCUUGAGUGUCCACCUGAGACAGAUGCCUAUGGAUACAUAGAUGUUUAUGAUGAUAAGCUUUCACUUACUGGCACUGACCGGAUGGUUAGCACUGAUAUGCAAUUUAAUCCUCAAUCAGACUUUCGAGAGAAACAGCAUCAAAGGCUGUGAUUAAUUUUUCUAGUCUGCUGCAGACUGUAUACGAUGUUAUUUUGACAUACUGUGAUUACGUAGAGUUAUGCACAAGCCACAUAUUUCGAACUGUAGACAGCUACCUGUUCUCUCAGAAGUUAUGUACACGAGCAUUUGUGAUUGAACAUCUUCGUCCUGUUAGUAAUCGAAAUUAAAAUUCUUCCUAGAGCUUGGAAAUGUAAAGUCUCAGAGCAAUAUGUAUGCUUG